UGGAGGUGGGGGGGCGCGGUGGCUGGAGAGCCCAGGAUCAUUCUUUGGCAUCUUGGUGUCACCGGUGCUCCAUGUUUGCGGAAUGAAUGAAUCAUUACUCUCCUUGUCCCCUUCCGAAGGAGGACUUUUUGAGGUCCACGUGCUGCAGAGCAUGUUGGGGGGGGGGGGGUGGCUCCUGAACUAGGGCUCCCCAGUCCUGCGUAGUAGAAACCCGACUCCCGUUUCUCCAGCUCCUCUCUAACACUCCAUUCUGGGGGAGGCUCCCUUCAGUUUGGGACUUGGGGGUGGUGGGGAAGGAGGGAGCUCGUAGGCCCAGCCAGGUACUUGUUGAAGGUGUGACAAGGGACUUGGAGGUGAACGAGGGACUUGUGAAGGCCAAGGGACCGGACCACGACCUCUUAGAAGGUAACAGGGCACAGGGGAUGCUGCAGAGGAGAGCACCCACUGUCGGGCAGAGGCCACUUUGUACCUUUGAGACCAGCCUGGAAGGGCCACCAGAGCAUGGAUUCUGACCCGCAAGCUGCUCAACUCCUCCAAGCCUGUUUCUUGAUCAGGCUUCAUCAGGCUAAAACGGGGAUAUUAGUAUCCAUUUCUCAGAGCUUUGUGCAGAUUAAGAAAAAUGUCAUAUGAAACCACCCAGCAUAAUGCUUGGCACAUCGGGGGUACUAGCAAAUCUUAGUCUUCCUUUGCUCUCUGACAAAAGGGAGCAGUUACUUGUUCCCAACCCCUCUGUCCCCAGAUUGAUCACGGACAGACACAGCAGACGUGUAAUCACUGUUUGUUGAAUGAACAUGCUUGACGGAGCUACAGCGCUUACCUUCCUUCUCCCAGGAUCCCCAGGCGGAGCUCAGGAGCUGACCAGCACAGACAUGCCAGUGUUGUCUGAGGAUUCCGGUUUGCACGAAACCCUGGCACUGUUGACUUCUCAGCUCAGACCUGACUCCAACCACAAGGAAGAGAUGGGCUUCUUGAGGGAUGUGUUCAGUGAAAAAAGCCUCAGUUACUUAAUGAAGAUUCACGAGAAGCUGCGCUAUUACGAGAGGCAAAGUCCAACCCCAGUUCUGCACAGCGCUGUGGCCCUUGCUGAGGAUGUGAUAGAGGAGCUGCAGGCCGCCUCCGUGCACAGCGACGAGAGGGAGCUGCUCCAGCUGCUGUCCACCCCCCACCUCAAGGCCAUGCUCAUGGUGCACGAUACGGUUGCCCAAAAGAACUUCGAUCCUGUUCUCCCCCCUCUGCCCGAGAAUAUUGACGAGGAUUUUGAUGAAGAAUCAGUGAAGAUUGUCCGCCUGGUGAAGAACAAGGAGCCCCUGGGUGCCACCAUCCGGCGGGAUGAGCACUCAGGGGCUGUUGUGGUGGCCCGGAUCAUGCGAGGGGGCGCAGCAGACCGGAGCGGUCUGGUCCACGUUGGAGAUGAGCUCCGAGAAGUGAACGGGAUCACAGUCCUGCAUAAGCGCCCGGACGAGAUCAGCCAGAUUCUGGCGCAGUCCCAGGGAUCCAUUACCCUGAAAAUCAUCCCAGCCACCCAGGAGGAGGGCCGGUUAAAGGACAGCAAGGUGUUCAUGCGGGCUCUUUUCCACUACAACCCUCGGGAGGACCGGGCCAUUCCCUGCCAGGAGGCGGGCCUGCCUUUCCAGCGCAGGCAGGUCCUGGAGGUGGUGAGCCAGGAUGAUCCCACGUGGUGGCAGGCCAAGCGAGUAGGGGACACCAACCUCCGGGCCGGUCUCAUCCCCUCCAAGCAGUUCCAGGAAAGGCGACUAAGCUACCGGAGAGCCACAGGCACCCUGCCGAGCCCACAGAGCCUCAGGAAGCCCCCCUAUGAUCAGCCUUGUGACAAAGAGACGUCUGACUGUGAGGGGUACCUCAAAGGGCACUAUGUGGCUGGUCUUCGGAGAAGCUUCCGGCUGGGCCGAAGGGAGAGAUUGGGAAGCCCCCAGGAGGGAAAGGUGUCCGCAGUAGCCGAGUCUCCAGAGCUGCUGACCUAUGAGGAGGUAACCAGGUACCAGCACCAGCCUGGUGAGCGGCCCCGCCUGGUGGUUCUGAUUGGAUCUCUGGGAGCCCGACUGCACGAGUUGAAGCACAAGGUGGUGGCAGAGAACCCACAGCACUUUGGUGUUGCUGUUCCACAUACCACCAGGCCCCGAAAGAGCCACGAGAAGGAGGGCGUGGAAUAUCACUUCGUCUCUAAGCAAGCAUUCGAGGCCGACUUACAUCAUAACAAGUUCCUGGAGCAUGGUGAAUAUAAGGAAAAUCUCUAUGGAACCAGCCUGGACGCCAUUCAGGCCGUGAUGGCCAGAAACAAAGUGUGUUUGGUGGACGUGGAGCCAGACGCACUGCAACAACUGAGGACCUCAGAGUUCAAGCCCUAUGUUAUAUUUGUAAAGCCUGCAAUACAGGAAAAAAGGAAGACGCCACCUACAUCCCCAGCUUGUGAGGACACAGCAGCCCCGCUUGAAGUGUGAUACUGACAUAGAUGUACGCAUGGGUAGAGAAUCGGCCUCCCCCCCCAGAGCACAUGCCAUGGCUGGAGGUGAACAGAUGCGUAGUAGGUAUUUCGAGAGGACGAACGAUGAUGAGGUCUACCGCCUGGCGACAUUUCUGGGGCCGUGAUGGGUUGUCACCACUACACCCUGUUCUUGUGCGCGCCGUCGGUUACUCACGGGCCCCAGUCGCCGGCUCAUCGCUGGAAAACGAGAGGCUGGAACACUGCCCGAGAAGAAGACUGGAGGUGUCUUCUUUUGAGCGAGAACCACCCAGUUGCUCCGUAACUGCCUCUUUUCC